UUCAUCUCUUGGCAUUGGCGUAAACAGCUCCGGUGUCAAUCAGGAUUCCGGCGAGCUUCUGACUUCUCUCUGCUUCCGAUCCAAUCGUCUUCGAAUAUACGAAUUUAAACCCGGUUAUCCUCGUUAAUCAUAUCUGUAAUCCAUUGACAAUGUUGGGGGGAGUUGUGGUUUUGUGCUGAAGCUGCUUAGAACUCGUUCGAUAAAAUGUCACAAUGAAGAAGUAGCAGUAACGAAUUGUUAAUAUGAGAUUUGGGUUUUGAAUCUCUCUUGCCGUGGAGGCGUUUAGUUUCUGAAGGGCGAAUGAUGACCCUCUAUUUGCCAAAAUGUCUUAGAAGAAAGCAAAAUAUAGUUAUCAAUGUGAGGGUGGUUCUGUAUCAUUGCUCGGUCGGUGGCUAUGAAGAGCCAUUACACUCUGAAUUGUAUGAGACGGCAUUUCCAAAGUUAACAAAAUUGGCCCACUUGUUGAGAAACGUGGAUUUGAUAGAUGGAAGCUUUGUUAAUAUCAAUGACCAAUCUGUAGCUGUUGAUGACUAUCUUCAGCAAAGUAUGCAUACCUUUAAGUCACUGGGCAGGAUCUUUCUCGGGUCUCCCAUGGCGCGGCAGAGAUUAAAGAGCCGGGAGGGUGUACCCCCUCACUGUUUCGGUAAACCAAGUGAAAGAGAGUCUAUGACUCUGGAUUCCCUUACCAAAGUGUCCAAUUUCUUGAACAUUUCUGCUCAGCAAAGGAAGGCUGUGCGUUUGGCUAUAUGCCCACAGGUCACACAGCACCAAAUAUGGACAGGAGCACUUGAGGAGAUUCUGGCAGGAUUGAGAUCAGAGAUUGAAGUUCUGAAUCGUUAUUCUCCAACUAAAGGGACACGGAUGGGACAGCAAAUUGUUGCUAGUUGUUUGAAGUUCUUGGAUGCUGCUAAUUCUUUUGAUCCCGAGUCUACUUCGUGGAUGCGCCUUGCACCUACAAAAGUUGGUGAUUCACCCGCUUCACAUAAGUGGGGAGAUGUUCUUGAGAUGUUCAAUGACCUUAUCAACUGCUUGAGAAGUGAGAAGGAAUUACUUUUUCAUUUUCCAAAGCUUGAGGUCAUGAAGGAAGGGCUUCUUCAGAUUAAGGAUGUGUUGAUAGAUAAGAAUAUUGGAUACAAGGAGACCCGGCGCCAAGGAAGUUUAGUGCAGAAGAAGCUAACAAAGACAUUAGGUCACUCAUCUCGAUGCUUGUUUACACUUCUAAUGUACUAUCUCCAUGGCAGUGUUAGAGAUAUCCAAGUGGAAGUCUGUGGGGGGAUGUAUGAAAGUGGUGGUAAGGACAAGUUCUGCUUGUGCAUGGGAAAGAUUUUGAUAACGAAUGAGGAGAAGAUGGUUCGAAGUGGGAUGAAGCAACUUGACAGGGCUCUUGGGUUAUUCAAGUUUGUUUGGGAAACAGCAGGGGUGAAAGCAAGUUUGGAACUGCAAGGCCAUUUGUGGUGCGUUGGGGCAGAGGAGAAAUCACUUUCAUACAGAGGAAAUAGGUUCUUCAUCCAUGCAAUUAGCCUCUGAUCCAGCCCUUCAUCAGCAAUUGCAUUGAAGUCAAAAUCAAGGCACGAUCCUUAAACAACUCGAUACUUUUGAAUUUAGAACAAAGAAACACCCUGUGUUUAUUCCUUUCACAUAGAUGCCAUUUUUCAGAUAGGAUUUACUGUAUGCUGCACAGGUUUUUUCAUAAAUUCCAUCCAAUAUCCUCACGAUAAUCAGUGUGAUGGAAUAUAUAUGUUAUGCCUGUUUUUUCUUUCGCGUUGUUUCUUCUGAUGGAACUUGCUUGGGAUGUUAAGGCAGCGCAUGCGAGAGCCCAGCCAAAUGCUACAAUAACAGAGAGGGCAAUGAGAGUGUCUAACCCUAUAUCUUUUGUUGUUCGAUAUUCAUAAGUUCAUCAUCCUGAAUGACAUGAAUUGUCAAUGUUUCCUCGCCUUCAAACAUAAAGGAAUCAUUACAUGAAAACACAGCCUUCACAUAUAACUCAAAAUCUCAUAACACUAGAAGAAACCCUUUGUACGUUAUCAUAUGCUUCAGCAAUUCAAGGUUGCCUUGUUGUGACCUUGGAAACCUUGGAAAGUCUGAAAUAUUUUGUGUCUUUCUUUCCUAUUCUUUUUGCUAGAUAACAUUCGAAAGCAUGUAAUAUUUUCAGUCUUAACUGGAGCUCAUGCCCAGGAGGCCAUGACAUGUCUUGUGGGUUUAAUAUUUUCAGUCUUAACCAGAGCUUAUGCCCAGGAGACCAUGACAUGUCUUGUGGGUUUGCCCUUCUGUAUCUGAUAUGUAGAUGGAAUGCUUGUUGCUGCAUGCAUCUGAAAGCUUAUGCAGCUUGGGGGCUGUGUUUGGGAGAGAUUUAGUAAUGGGUGGAUGGAAUGGAA